AUGGUUAACUCAAGCUUAGCUUACGAAAUAUUAUUAUACAUUAAUUCAUUUUACUUUGGACUAUUUUCCACUUGUGAACUCGGCACUCUUAUUCUAAAAACAGUUCUAAUCGCCGGGAGAUACGAAGUGGAGAAAGAUCCAACUAAGUUAGGACGAGACUAUGGAGUCCUUAUAGCACUUUUCAUUGUAGAAACCGCCCGCCUAAUACUAGGGCGAAAGGGUAGCCUAAGCGAAAAAGAUACACCAGUGUUGUUCUCAGUAUUGUUGACAGUACCGUCUAUAAUGGGUGUGCUGUACCUGCUCAUAUUCCAAGUGGUGGUCCUCAGAAUUGAGAUUAUUUGGUGCACUCUCAUGCUGUGCAUUCAACUUGUAGAGUUUGUAUUUGCAUCAAUGUUCAUUGUUAGCCUUUGCCGGGGGCCUUCAUAUGAUUAG